AGAAAGGCUCUCAAGGAGUUUUACAGAUUACAGGAGCAAACGCAGCAGCAGCUGGAGAAUGCACAAUUGAGCCACGAAGAGCCAGCCGAGGAGCCAGAGCUCACUUUGGAAAAUGUUGACGACUUCAUCCAAAACAGUGACUUCAAAAAGCUCCUCGAGACAGAAAAUGAAAUCAUCCAGCAGUUGAACUCAAACGAGGCCGAGAUCAAGUCGAUCAUCUACAACAAUUAUUACGAGCUGAUCAAAAUCAACGACGUGCUUAUGGACCUUAAGUCCUGGAACGGCGAAGACGACGGCGUUGGGGAGAACCUCCAGAAGAUCCGCAACAAAAUUCAAUCGCUUAGAACCCAGGACUUCCAACUGCUGCCCGAGCCGGUAGAGGUGAGGGGAGAGAAAGUAAGCAAGAGCAUCAACAAAUUGUUGCUGGACAACAAGAUCGACAAGAAGACGGCCGACGCCAUCGACGACUCGCUGCCGGAGCUGAGCGGCGAGAGCCUGCUGCUGCAAAUGAAUGAGCUGAAAAACAAGCGACUGAGCAGGGCCAAUUGGUCCACCAAGAACGCCAAAAAGACGUUCACUCCGGCAAAGAUCUCGGCUCCGAUUAUAGAGAAUGCUGAUUCUGAACACUCUGCUCCCGUACAGAAGCAGCCACCGAAACAGAGACGGCCGCACAAGAUCGACAAUAGUGGUGUCAAUAGGCGGUUUUCCGUGAAGCUGAACCCACAGGAGACCCAGACGGUUCAGAAGGCUGCACUCUCGCAAUUUCCACCACUUCCUGAAGGAGCAGAGGCUGCUGUGAGUGAAACUCGCCAGCAAACAGCACUGGACUCGAGUGCACUACUGACUGAUCUGUCCGCCGAGUCGUUCGACGCAGUGCCGUAUGUGCAGGGGUAUCUCAAAGACGCGAACGCCACAAAGAUCGACCAGUUUGCGCGCGACCUGAGCGAUCUUGCGUCAUCCAACGACGGCGACGUCAAACAUACCAUCACCCAGUCAUUUAAUCAGGUGCUCACAGUUUCUCGCACCAUGGUCGAAGCAGAGGGGGUAUUGGAGGAGCUGAAAGGUCCUGCAAUGAAACUCAACGAGAUUUUGAGCUCGCAAGCUGAGGAAGCGCAGGAAAAAAUGGACAACGGCAGCAACAAAGACAAUAGACGUAGUGUGCUGUUGCUGGAGAAGAAGUGGGCCUCAAACCUCAACUCGCUGUUCAAGGAGGUGGAAGGUGCGCAGAAGUUUGUGUCUGCGAUCCCGGGCCGUCACGUGGUGGCAGAGUCGAGACGCUGGGGCGAGCUCAACGCCAUCACCUGCAAGCCGAUUCGCCCGGCUCAUCUGAUCAUUCUGAACGAUCAUUUGCUGGUGGCCACGCGCAAGCGCACGGGAGACAGAAAGAAGACAGUGGCCACACAAUGCUGGCCCCUACGAGACCUGGUGAUCUCCAAGGCUGCCAACGCGGGAGAGCACACGCUGUCGCUGAAGAUCAACGGUAUGGUGUUUCUUUUUCAGACCGACAGUCUGAACGAGUACAAUAAGAUUGUGUCGCAUUUACGAGCUGCAAAGGACGAGCUUCCCAGCGCAACGGAGCUGGAGAAGGCCAAACAGAAGGAUUUGACGGAAAGCGUGAGCAGGCUUUCCAUGACGCACGAAAGACUCAGCAAGAACUCCGACUACCUCCACGACCUGACUACAAAGCUGAACCACCGAAGGUCGCGGUCGUUGGACUUGAACGACAAGAACUCGACACAGAACCUGAAUACCGUCGACGAAGGACUUAUGAACAUAGAGCUGUAUCUCGGACACCACAAAUACGUGGAAGCCGUUGGCUUCCUGACCCGUGUGAGCGACCAGAUCGACAGGCUUCAGAACCAGAGUCCCGACGAACAGUUUGCGCUGCUCCUCAAGCUGAAAAAGCUCAAAUGGGAGAACCUCAAGGAGAGGCUGGUGAAGCUACUGUCUUGGGAGAUCGGCAACCCGCUGAGCUCGAGCAGAGAGAUCAUGGAGACGGUAGAUCUUUUUCAGAUGAUUCACAUGGAAGAAAAGGCGCGAGAUCUGGUGCUGGAGUCAAAGAGCAACCAGCUGGACAAGCUGGUGAGCCAGCUCAAGUUCGAAGGUGACGUGAAAAAAUACAUUCUGCAGAUGUCUCUAAUCUACUUCACCUUCAUCAAAAACACGUAUCUGCUGUACGAGCAGUGUUUCCGAGAGACGGGACAAAAGCGAGCAGUCGGAGCUCUACCGAAAUUGCGUGAAAAUUAGUCAGCUCCAGUCGAUCAGCCUGCGCAAAAUAGGCAUCAACGUGGAUCAUUUAUUGCUUACUUAAAGCCAGACAGCCAUGGAUGCUUCAGAAUGUCGUUCAUCGAGGGUCUUUUCGCCACGUCCUUGACCAUUAUCAUGCGAAUCAAGUCCACACACGAUUCACUCACCUCAUGGAAUGACGGGAACUUGAACCCGCCGUCCAUAAUUUCGUCAACGUUGCAGAACGGGUUUUCUUUGAACACAAGGGUGUACAGAAGCACGCCCAUCGCCCACACGUCCUGUGGCUUGCCCUCGUACGGCUGUCCAUUGAGAACCUCCGGAGCAGCGUAGUCGAUGGUCCCCACAAACACCCCGAACGGCCCGUUCUUGGUGUAUGCUGCCGACCCAUAGUCGAUCAGCUUGACCACAUAGUCCUUGUCGACGAUGAUGUUCUCGUCCUUGAUGUCGCGGUGGACGACGCCGUGCGAAUGCAGAUGUGCCAUGGCAGAGCAGCACUGGAAAAAUAUGUACUGGCACUCCAGCUCGGUCAUGUCCGACUUGACCUCGAUCAAGUCGAAAAGGUCGACCGCAGCCGGGUCGCCGUGCUGCGGCGUCUCGACAUAGUAGCACCGGUCGUCCUCAAAGAAAUCGACGAUCCGCAUCAGGUUGGGGUGCGGGUCGCUGUUUAUAUAGUUCAUAAUCUGUAUCUCUGAUGGAAUCGUGCCCAGGUUUCUGUCUCUGACCCACGUGUCGACCAAAAUCCGCUCUUUGAAAAUCGCCUUGAUCACCAGCCGGUACGCGGGAUCGUUCUUGUGCUGUGCAAGCACCACCUUGCCGUACGCGCCCUGUCCAAGGUUCUUGAUCACGGUAAAAUCUGUGAUUUUUUUCUCGCGACGAAGAAGCCCUAUUUUCUGCGGGAAGUACUUGCUCUGCUUUCUUAUCCGUGCAAUCUGCGCAUUUUCGCGCUCCAGCAGCGCGCGGCCCGUGCGAAUAUUCUCCAGCCGGAACUCCCCCAAACUCUCGGCGAUGUCGUGGACAUCGUGGUCGUCCAUGUCCGUCUCUGUCGUUUUCUGCGAGCCAGUCGACACGGACUUGCUGAUGGCUGACAGCGACGAGUCCGACGCAGCGUUCUGCUUCUUCAGGCUGUUCAUCCGCUCCAUCGGCUUGUUGGAGAUCGUGUUCAUGCUGCUGGACCGACUCAGCCCGUCUGAAGAGCUGCCACAAGAAUGCAGGUCGUUCUCCAUCUGCUGGAAUAGACUCAUCUGCGACGGCAUCGACUCGUCUCCAUUGGCCUCGUCGUCCUCGCUCUCCUCUUCGCUCGAGCAGACGCUGUUCGGGCGCGAGAUAGACCGUCUCUUGCUGGUUGCACGCGAGUAAGUUAUCCAUAGCAUGCAGUUCUCGUACUCCAUCACGCGCAGCUGGACGUCGACCUUGACGGUACUACCAUCUCUGUGGAGACCAUCAAUGCCAAUGGAGUUGACAAAUAGCAGAUCCUGCUCCUCCUCCGACGAAGCCCGCAAUAUUGCGUCCUGUUUGCGGAAAUAGUGUUCCGGCAGCACAAGGCCGAGUUGGUACAUUAUAUUUGGGUUUUCCUUGAGGGCGAGCUCAAAAAGCUCUGAAAAUGACGGAAUUAUGAGGUCGAUGGACUUGUUCGUGAUGUCAGAUGUCCCAAAGAGAUUCUUGGCUAUGGCGUGGUUGAACGACACCACCUUGAGUGUUUUGGACGAGAUGACAAAUGCUCCCGAUAUAUACGGCAGCGAGUGCAAGUUCACGCGUAGAAUGCCGUCUUCUAGAUGCUCUGACGUCACGGCGCACGGAACAGCCUCGUUUUCGGGGAGUCUGAGGGUAUAGUAGCGGGACCGAUUGAUGGUGGCAGAAUGGUACAUGUGAGUGUCGUCCGUUGCGUUGGCGAGCUCAUGAGCCAUAGUGGGCAGAAUGCGCGACAGCGGAGCGCCUACAAACUCCCUGUCGCUGCGGAAGAGCGAAGUGUGUGUAUCUGCGGACGACUUUAUGUAGUAGCCGUUGUUUCUGUAUUCAACAAUGAAGUCUAGGUGGUCGCACGGCACCUGCUCAAAAAUCAGAAUGAUCAGGCCGUGUUUGCGUUUGGCCCACAGAGAGGUCCAGGCUAUCGGCAUGUUGUUGCGCUUGAUGGCAAUGAUUUCCCCCGAGAAAACCAGUUCUUUGCCGUUGCACAGCCUAUCGAGAACCAGGUCACGUGCGCGAGGAGCAAUGAGGUCCAUCACGCUGAGCGAUGCGAGCGACGCUUUGGAGAUGCCAAACAUGAGACACGCAAAGUCAUUUGCGUUUUUGAGGCUCCAAGGCGAUUCUGCUUCGCACGUGAAAUAGGCCUUGGGCGACGCGGACUUCCCGCCAGAGGCUAGGUGAAACUGCCGGCUGCUGGAGCUGAAUUUGUUUCCCAGCGCCACGAGUCCCAACGUGGACGGACUGGUCUGCGGCACUGGCAGGCCGCCCAGCAAGUACGAGUGGGCCGGGGUGUUGGAGUUAUCUGUGAAUGGCGUUGCUAGGGCGUACAGCAGGUUCUUGCGCAAUGACUCGCUUUUGGAGAUCCCUUUUGGAUUGAGCGACAGUGUAUGCAGGCCGACGACUUUCUCGAGCUUGAUCUGCGACGGAUUCUCUUUCAUUUCUAGAAUAUUGAUGAUCUCCUUCAAAUUUCUCCGCAGUUCCUCGUCUAUGUUUGUAGGGGUGGGGGCUGGAAUUGAGUCCUGUGUUUCUGGCUCAAACGACGAUGCGGGUAGCAAUUUGAUCGACGACUGCGACACCUGUCUCUCCAUGCGAAAAACGUUGUCCAUGAGGGUCAUGGUGGACGUUCUGCGCAGCGGCACUGUAGCCGGGCCUUUCCGAGAAAAGUAGUCGUUGUUCUCCAUGGAUAUGUUUGAGAGCAGCUCUGGCCGGUCAAGAAGAACCUCGAGCGACCGCUUGAGCACGCUCAGUUUCAGGGCCAGAGAGUUUGGGGCCAGAAGGGUGUAUGAGUAG